AUGCAAGAGGUGUUUGGUAGAUUGGGCAUACCUAACUCAGUAAGGGCGGAUAAUGGCAGACAAUUCACCAGCUCCGAAUUUAAAAGCUUCUGCAAUAAUCACAACAUCACUUUAAUUACGACUUCCCCAUAUUGGCCGCAUGCGAAUGGGGAAGUUGAAAAUAUGAACAAGUCGUUAGUAAAGAGGUUAAUAAUCGCGCACAACAACAAACGAGACUACAAGAAGGAGAUCAAGGAAUUUGCAUUGAUGCACAAUGUCACGCCGAACGGUACAACAGGAUCCUCACCCUCAGAGCUCAUGUUUAAUCGUGUCAUUCGAGAUAAAAUCCCAGGUAUUCAAGACUUAACAGACGACAUGUUGGACUCGGCUGCCCGAGAUUAUGACAUUAUUAACAAAUGGAAAGGGAAAGAGAAGGCGGACAUGAGACGAAGGGCAAAAGAAAGCGACUUUGAGGUAGGGGAUAAGGUCUUAUUAAAGAACGUGGUAUUCGCGCAAAAACUUACUCCAAACUUCGAUCCGACGGAGUACACAGUAAAGGAAAGGAGUGGCAAAGACGUUAUAAUAACAGCUGGGGAAAAAACGUUUAGAAGAAACAUUAGUCACAUCAAAAGGCUACCAGCAUCCGAAACAAUCUCACACAACGAAAGUAAUCCUACGACUUCAGGACAAUCCAUGCCGUGCGGUCAACCAUCUCAACAAAUCUCAACUCACGCCACUUCAUCAACGGGAGCGCCGGCAGCAGACCCAGAGGCUUAA